AGUUAUGAAGAGUUGACUGUAGCUUGAAGUUGAAAAGUGUUGCAAGUUAGUUACCCCGUUUGACUGUAAUAAUUAUUCUGUUCCAGUAAAAAAAGAGAUGCAAAAAAUUAAACCGGCAUUGGCCUGGGAAUGGGUAUUUUGGUAUUAAGGAAGUUUUCCAUAGCAAUACAUAAAUAUCUCGUAGCAACCACCGAAACAACCACGCAAGCAAAAAUAAACAAAAAUCAUACGGCAGUCGACUUUCCACCCCAUUCAGGAACAGUUUUCCUUCCAAUAAAGAUUGUUAUCUGCCGUGGAUCAUGACUUCGAACCAUCUUAAAACCUAUCUUUUGGAAUCAAACGCGAAUCUUAAGCCGUUGUUCUACGAGAUCGUUAAGCAAUGUGAGCGCCAGAACAUUCGAUAUGAUAAACAUUUGGUUACGUUCGUAAUGAACCUCCUCAGUUUGGAUCCACAGUUCGAGAUUUACAUGGAAACGCUGAGUGCCGACCGCCGGAAUCACGACGAUUUUGUUAAGGAAUGCGUACAACGAUUGUCAGAGGAUCGUUCCCCGGCAUUGAUUACGCUGAAAAUGCAACUCUACUUCUUGGAAAAUUUCUUCAAUCGGGAUGAAGUUGUGGAAAAACAUAUGAGAAAUCUACAGCUCAAAACGGCACAUUUGUUGAAGGAAAUCACCGAGAACGACGUCAUCACCAAGGACGAACAGGAGGAAAUAUUCAACAAAAUUAUCAUCGAUAUCGUUUUGCACAUGGGGUUGGGGAGCCCAGACAACAAGGAGGUCAUCAACGAAACCAUGAAGGCAUUGAACUCUGUCAUGUCUCGCAGCGAUAAAGCCAAGUUCGUUACCCUGGACAAAAAGGAUCGAUUGCUGGCACUGAAGGAUAUACGGGAAAUUGUCUGCGGCAUUCGUAUUUUUAACAAACAUGCAGGAAAUUCCACCAAUGGAAUGUCGGAUCUCCCCCGAGUAUUGGAUCAGUCACACGACUCCACAAAGUCCAUUCUUCAAAUCACCCUUUGCGAAAUAAUGGACAAAGUCAACCUUCUCACAAGCGCAUUAAAUUCUUCUAUAGCAUACGACUUGAGGAACAGGACGAUUGUCACGCUUCUACCAGAGAAUAUCUCAUCAGAUGACCUGGAUAAUCUCAAAGAUCUCCUAGUUAUGUAUCGUCAACAUGAAGUGUAUACUCGUAAGCUUAUCGAUGAGCUAGCUUUGAUUAAAUUCAACAUCGACACAUGUAAUCAGGAGUACAACAGCAAGCUGAUAAAAAUCCAUGAAUCAGUUCAAUAUCGGACGGCCAUUCCAACGGAUAGAGUCUUUCCAAAAUUUUCGGAACUGACACGCAUUUGGCUACAGUUUCAAAACUACAUCUAUCUGCUCUCGGAAAUCAACCAGAUCAGCAAUACCUUGACCAAUCUCACCGAACGCUGUCUGAGCUUUGACGAUUUGGCCUACCGUUUGCUGGGGGAAUGCCAGAUCCAUACCGAUGUCGACAGACUGAACAAAACCAAAGGAAAACGUCUUCUCAUGGGCGUUGAAAAUGCCUGUGAAGUUGUGGCAUAUUCACCCGGGAUGAAGAUUGAACUGUUGAAGUUUUGCGUGUGGCAUUUGGCUGAGGCUAAUGGGGUGCUGAUGCCAGGCAAUACCGAUAUGGGAGUGUGUCAACAUCAGAAGGAUUUUUAUGCAUUCAAUAUUCCUGAGGCAGCGAUAUUUUUCGAUGAAGAUCCAGAUAAAUACAUAUUCAAAGUUGUGACCUUAGCUCGAAAGAAGAUUCAACUCGUUGCAUUCCUGGACAUAUUUUAUAAAGUUCAAACUGCAUACAACUCCCACAGCAGAGAAGUGUUUCGCCUAAAAGCCCCCGUCACCUGCGAGCAACAGAUUCAAACCGAAUUGCAUCCAGUUCCGUCGAACAUCGACCGUCAAUACCGGUGGAACAUUUGGGACCUUCGUCGGGAAGCGAUUGAACUGACCAAUCUGCGCAUGAAACGAACAAGUUCCAGUCAGACGGCAAAAGUCAAGCAAACGCAAGUCUAUUUGCCCAAGAAUCAAGGUACUCAAACUAAAGUUAAUCGCGCUACCGAAACCGAGGAACGGCGCCCACGUAUCAAGAAGCCCGAGACGGCACCAUCACCGCUUCAAGUGUACAGUAUGACUGUCGAAGAUUUCAGCUCAGCAACGAUGAGCCGAAUUAAAUGAAUUUAGUAAAUAUGAUUGAUUGACAGAUUCCAAUAAACUAGUAAACUGAAUAGUA